GUCUUCGUUUAUCAUAAUCGCGGUGCGCAUUUCGGCUCUGUAUCUGUACGCGGGUUCAACAAACAUUCAGUGUGGCGUUUGAGUUUGGUAGGUUAUGGAUUGAGGUUUCGGGGUGUGGCAUCAUUAUUCGGCGGGUUCGCGGGACGCACGGAGACGCCGGUAGCGAAGCGACACGAUGUCGCGUUGAAACAGCACACUCGAAGUGUGCUGACGAUCGCGCAGGAUUUGCGUUCGCGAGACAUCGCUCGUAUUUUUUUUUUUCGCUGAUGCGUGCGAGAUCUUCGCGUUAACCGCAACGGGGUGUUCGUGCGCGGUUCCACAUCAGCUUGACGUUUCCGUGUGUCAGUCGAGCCAGGGGGUCGCGCGACGUGGUGAGAAAUCGCGCGAGGGCUAUGCUCGCGACACUUUCAAACUGAUCCGCGCGUUGACGCGCGACCGUGCGUUCUCUACGUUUGACGAGAGAGUAGUGCACAGUUGCUAAGCCGUAGGCUACGGUCCAUGAAAUCACGUGUAACGAACUCGACGUGGGAUGUUGAGCGCAACCACCCCCACUCAGCCCCACGAAUACACCGAGAUGUCUCGGCUAGCCGACUACUUUGUGGUGGUCGGCUACGAUCACGAGAAAGAGAGGGGUGGUGUAAGUAGUGGAGUUAUAUUACAACGAUUCCCAGAGAAAGAUUGGCCAGAUACACCUUUCAUUGAAGGGAUAGAAUGGUUUUGUCAACCGCAAGGAUGGGCCUUAUCGACGGAGAGGCAGGAGCCGCGCUUCUUUGUUUCAAUAUUGACAGAUAUUGAUGCAAAUCGACAUUAUUGCGCUUGCAUGUGCUUCAAUGAAACGGUAUCGAUUGUGCCAAGUAAGCCCGUUGACGAGGAGGAGGAUCCCGUAGAUGGGGAUAGUCGCCCCUUGGUCAGGGCGAUACCCGCCAUUGCGCAUCAUAGCAUUAUGUACGCACCCAAAUGUCUGGUGCUGGUUUCCAGACUCGAUUACAUAGAAACAUUUAGAAAUUGCCUUGGUAUUAUUUACACGGUGUAUGUGGAAAAUCUUGGUAUACCGUUAGAAACAUUAGUCGGAAACAUAUUAGGAUGUAUUCAAGUACCUCCCCCUGGUGGGCCCCAGGUACGAUUCAGCAUUGGAGCAGGAGAUCGCCAGGCGCUUCAACCACCAAUUAGUCCUUCUCUUCCUAUAACUCAUACUAGUGUAAAUUUAUUAUUUCAGCAGUUAGGUAUUCGUAAUGUAUUAGUCUUAUUUUGCGCAGUCAUGACAGAACACAAGAUACUUUUUCACUCCGCUAGUUAUUCCCGACUGACUGAAGGGUGUCGCGCCCUCACGGCAUUAAUGUAUCCGUUUAGAUACUCGCACGUUUACAUUCCUCUUUUGCCAGCAGCUUUAGUCGAAAUACUCAGCACUCCGACGCCAUUCAUUAUGGGCGUGCACAGUUCGUUAAAAUACGAAGUUGCGGAGCUUAUGGACGUAAUAGUGGCUGAUCUGGACGGAGGCUCCAUAACGGUUCCGGACGGCGUUUCGCUCGCUCUGCUGCCAGAGCCGCUGCUCUCGCAAACGCAGGAAUCAUUGUCCCUCGUGUUGCAGCCAGAACUAACGUGCGCGGACUACGCUUUCCCUCCUCUCGCCACCAGGGCGCCGCACUCGCCCAUGCUCGACAAAGAACUCAGGGCGGUGUUUAUGAGAACCUUCGCUCAACUGUUGCAAGGAUACCGGAGCUGUUUAACGCUGAUACGAAUACACCCGAAGCCGGUCAUCACGUUUCACAAAGCGGCGUUUCUGGGCGAGAGAGGUCUAACGGAUUGCGACUUCACCACGAGAGUCUUGGAUUGCAUGUUCUUCACGUCCUUCGUCGCGGAAAGAGGCCCGCCGUGGAGACCCUGCGACGUGUGGGAUGAACUGUACAGUAAUCUGAGCGAUCAAUUGAAGCAAGAGACGCAGGAUCAUCGAGUGAUCCUCACGCAUAUUCAAGAACUGGCGCAACAGUUGUACUUGAACGAAAAUCCGAAUCCCCAGCCGUACGUGCAAAAGAUCUUGAAACCGCCCGAGGGCGCGUUCACGAGAAUACAUCAGCCGCUCUUGCCGCGCAUCAAUCCGGAGCAGGUUCAAACGAUUAUUGACGAAGGCCUCGCGAAGAACAAUCUCAAGGUUAGACUGUCGUCGCUGCGGCCGAUUCAACCCCGCAUCGUGCCCAUGGGCCCGCACAUUUCGUUCGUUCACGACACCAGACACUUGGUUAGCAAUUCCGCUCGAAGAUUGGAGGUAUUACGCAACUGCAUCAACUGCAUAUUCGAGAACAAGAUCUCGGACGCUCGCAAAACAUUCCCGGCGGUUCUGCGAGCUCUGAAAAGCAAGGCCGCUCGACUGGCGCUUUGCAUGGAGCUGGCGCAGCACGUGGUGGGAAACAAGGCCAUGCUGGAACAUCAGCAGUUCGAUUUAGUGGUGCGUCUGAUGAAUUGCGCGCUGCAGGACGACUCGUCGAUGGACGAACACGGCGUUGCCGCCGCGCUGCUCCCGCUCGCCACUGCAUUCUGCCGGAAGUUGUGCACCGGCGUGAUCCAAUUCGCGUACACCUGCAUCCAGGAGCAUCCGGUGUGGCAGAAUCAGCAGUUCUGGGAGGACGCAUUUUAUCUGGACGUGCAGAAAGAUGUGAAACGUCUGUAUCUGCCGGGGGACAAUUCUCCGCCGAGGCUGAUGAACGACGGCAUUUUGAGCCCCAUCAGCCCUCGAGACGGCAAGGAGUUUCCGUACCGCGAUCGAUACUCCAUCUAUCAGGCUCAGGAACCGUCGGCGUUGGAGAUAGCCGCGGAUCAGAUGCGAAUCUGGCCGUCCAUCGAUCCCGAGAAGAUGGUGUAUCUGCUGGUGCCGCUCGACAUCGGCUCCAAGACUCAUCGGCAGGAUCACAUUUACGACGAGGAACGCGCGAGCAACAGCAUCACGAACAGCGUGGCGAGCGACAGCGGCGACGCCGAGUCCGGAUUCGAGGAGACGGAUCCGGGCGAGACCGGCAGCGCCGUCAUCCGCAUGGUCUCGCGAUUCGUCGAUCGCGUGUGCAACGAGGGUGGCGUCAGCGCCGAGCACGUGCGCUGCUUGCACCAGAUGGUGCCGGGUGUCGUUCAUAUGCACAUCGAGACACUCGAGGCGGUUCACAGGGAGAGCAAGAGACUGCCGCCGAUACAGAAGCCGAAGAUUCUCACGCCGAACAUGCUGCCCGGCGAGGAGGUGAUAAUGGACGGGCUGCGCGUUUAUCUGCUGCCGGACGGCCGGGAGGAGAGCUCCGCGGGACUGCCGAAGAUACCGCCUCUCUUGCCAGCCGAGGGCGCCAUCUUCCUCACGAAUUACAGGAUAGUGUUCAAGGGCAUUCCGUGCGAUCCGUUCGCCUGCGAGCAGCUGGUUGUCCGCGCUUUCCCCGUGACGUCUCUGACGAAGGAGAAGCGUGUCGCGGUGCAGCACCUGGCGCAUCUGGACCAGUGUCUGCAGGAGGGCCUGCAGUUGCGCUCCUGCACGUUUCAGCUGAUAAAGCUCGCCUUCGACGAGGAGGUGACGCCCGAGAACAUCGACACCUUGAGAAAACUGGUGCACAAGGCGCGAUAUCCGCCACACAUCUUCCACCACUUCGCGUUUAACGGUCAGGUCUUGGUCACGCAGACGGCGCAUCACAAGGGCAAGGAGAAGAAUGCCACUUUGAAAGGUUUCGCGAAGAAGACGCUGCUGAAAACCGCGAGGAAGGCCGGCUUCAAGCCGAAGCAGUCGUCCAAACGGCAAAAGUACGUGCUGCCGAACAUGAAUCUCAUCAACAGCAACAACAAGUACAUGACGUCGCCCGGCCGGAUGAGCUUGCCGAUGACCGACAGCAACGAUCUCAGUCACGACGACGACCUCAGCGUGGACGACUUCGAGAUUCCCGGCAUAGUGACGCAGCCGCCAGUGACCGAUGCGAAAACAUUGGAGCGCUUAUCCGAGCGCAGCUACGUCAGGGACUGGUAUCGAUUGGGUCUCUACUCGAACGGGCCGCACAACAACCGUCGGAACGAGCCCUUUCGACUGACCUCGGUGAACUGCGCCUACAUGAUCUGCCGCAGUUAUCCCGCGCUUCUGAUCGUCCCCACUUCCGUGUCGGACGAGAGUAUCCGGCGAUUCUGCAGACUCUACCGGCACAGCAGAAUGCCAGUCGUCACCUGGAGACAUCCGCGAACGAAGGCGCUGCUGAUCAGAGGCGCGGGUUACCACGGCAAGGGCGUGAUGGGCAUGCUCAAGGCUCACCCGACCUCCGGCAGCAAUCUGAAGACCACGUCUUCGGAGACCACGUCCUCCCUGGAGCAGGAGAAGUACAUGAUGGCGCUCGUGGCCGUGACGCCGCUCUCCGUGCUGCGACAGGGCUCCGCUUGGGGCAUGUCCGACAGCUCGCUGAGCAUAGAUUCGCUUCUAUUAGCCGCUGAAGAUCGCAACGCCACGCCCGAGCAGUCGCGCCGCAAUCCGUUCAACAAACCCCUCGGCACCCUGAGCUCGUCUGGCGGCAAGGGUCCCAAGAACUUCGGCCGAUGGGGCUCGCUGAAGGACAAGAGGCAUAAUUCACAGGCUUCUCUGACUUCCGUUCACCAUCAGCGCGGCACCGUCAGACACUCCGCGGACUCCGACAGCGGUACGGAAUGCGUUCACACGUUUCAGCGCGCCGCUCUCUACGUUCUCGGCGAGAAGGCGCACAUGAAGGGCGUGAAAGCGGAAUCCACACCGAAGACGGACUUCAUUCCGGUGGAGUAUUACGACGUGAGGCACACGAAGGCCGCGUUCAAGAAGCUGAUGCGAGCGUGCGUGCCGAGCUCGCCGAACGUCGAGCCCGAUCAGAGCUUCUACAGGCUCGUCGAGAGCUCGGAGUGGUUGCAGCAGUUGCAGAAUCUCAUGCAGCUGGCCGGAGCGGUUAUAGAUCUAAUGGACAUGCAGGGCUCGUCGGUGGCGGUCUGCCUGGAGGACGGCUGGGACACCACGACCACCGUUUGUUCCAUAGCGCAGGUGUGCCUCGAUCCGCACUACAGAACGAUCGACGGCUUCAGGACGCUGAUCGAGAAAGAGUGGCUCGGCUUCGGUCACAGAUUCGGCCACCGGAGCAAUCUCGCCGCGAACUCGCAGACGACGAACUUUACGCCCACGUUUCUGCAGUUCCUCGACAUAGCGCACCAGAUACAGAAACAGUUCCCCCUGGCGUUCGAGUUCAACGAGUAUUAUCUCAAGUUCCUGGCCUAUCACUCGGUGUCCUGCCGCUUCCGCACGUUCCUACUGGACUGCGAGUUCGACCGGGUGGAGUGCGGCAUCACCGCCAUCGAGGACAAAAGGGGCUCUCUGACGAGUCACCACAAGGGCGUGGACACCGGCGGCAGCGACGACGAAACCAUCUAUCCCGGCGGUAGAUUGGCCGGCACGAAUACCGGCUGUAAUCUCGGACAAAGUAUAUUCGAUUACAUCGAGAAGCAGCACGCGCGAUGCCCGCUGUUCUACAAUUUUAUGUACACGCCGAACACGGAGAACCCCAUUCUGCGACCGGUCUCGCAUCUGUCCAGCCUCGACAUUUGGCAGUUCUAUCUGGAAGAAGAACUGGCGCACGGGCCGGCCUACGACUUGGAAGUGCUGCAGCAGGAUUCUCAACAGGAGGAGGAAGCCGAAGCUGCGGACGGCGUGGUGAAGAGCAAUCGCAAAGUGGUCACUCAGGGAUACGACGGGGUGAACACGAUGGUGCCCGAUCAGUUCUCGCAUCUUUUAGAGGAGAUUCACAGAUUGGAGACCGAGCUGGGACACUUGCCGCAAAAGUGGAAAGUACUCUGGGACAAGCUCGAGCUGCCGAACACCGACUCGCUUGCCCGGCACGCAUCAUUCAGCACGGCGCUUGUACGGUAUCACGGUCGAUUGAUUCACAAACGUUCCACUUUGGAAUUGUUAUUACGCGGCAAGCUCGCUGGUGGAAACACCACCGGAAACGAAGGCUCCGUAUACGCACAUCCGCACAGGUUUGAACGACUGGAUUCCGCGACGCCGACUCACUGCGACGCGUGUUCCGGUGUGUUAUGGGGUCCCGUGAAGGCUGGAUUGAGAUGCAUCGAUUGCGGCCACGUGUGUCACGACAAGUGCGCGGAUGCUGUGCCAAAGAAUUGCACAAAAUACAAGGCUGUGACGGAUAAUCUUCAGACUCACACGCUUACGAGGAGCGGCGGCGAUAACGGAAGUGUAAACUCAAGUGUAACGACUAUACAAACCUCCUCGCAACAAUAUUACGAACAAUUCUCGAGUAACGUGGCGGAAAAUAGAACGCACGAAGGCUAUCUUUACAAGCGGGGAGCUCUGCUGAAGGGUUGGAAACAAAGAUGGUUCGUACUGGAUUCUAUAAAACAUCAAUUGAGAUAUUACGACGCAGUGGAGGAUUCGCACUGCAAGGGAUAUAUAGAUUUGGCCGAAGUAGUAUCUGUUACUCCAGCUGCGCCGAUGCCCGGACCACCAAAGAAAACAGAUGACAAAUCCUUCUUCGAUCUCCGCACAAACAGACGAACGUACAACUUUUGCGCCGCCGAUGCAGCCACGGCGCAAGAAUGGAUCGAGAAGGUUCAAGCGUGCUUACAAUAAUGUCACUGCUUGAUUAUAGUACUAAUUUAAAAUUCUGGAUGUGACUGAUAUAGAUGGUAAAACACAGAUUUUAAUUUUGUUACAUAAUCUUGUAUAGUCUAAUUGUAUCGCGUCAUAGACUGCAGUAAUCUUGCUUUAAGUAUUUUAAAAUGCAAAACUCUCGUUGGACUGAAAAUAGUAUCAUAAAUUAAAUGUGAUACAUUCAUAUCCUCGACAUAGGAUUAGUUUGUGAAUAUAAUGUACAUUGUGAUUAUAUCGUUAUGUUAAAUUUGUAUUCAUUCAGCUGGAAGAGAGAUGAGAGAUCGCUACAUGAUGCGUCGCGCCUAAAAACAUUUUUUUUAUUUUGUUUAUUGUGUUUUCUAUUGUUUAAAUUAUAGUGGCAUAUGAAUUGAGCAUGGCUCAUGCAAAUCAUGCACGUUCCUCAACAUAUAUAUGUAUAUAUACGGAAAGUCUCAGGAUUAUCGUAGUUUUUAUCGAUUCGACAAAUUGGGAGUAGCUUUUCCUCGACAAAGACAUCGAAACUUUCUUUAAAAUUAUAAAUAGUUAAAAUGAGCAGUUUGCGAAUUUUUUAGAAGCACCAAUAAAACAUUCCUCCAGUAGAUUUUAUUUUAAUUAACGUUUGCGAUAUAUCAUUUUAUUUUAAUACAAAAAUGAUCCAAUUUUUAUCAAGGAAAAGGUCACCUCUAAAUUUGUGUAAAAAUCUCUUAUGCUCUCUAAAGUAGAUGAAAGGGAUAGAUGAACUCGAGACAUUCUAUAUAUAUAUAUAUAUAGCAAUUACAUUAAACGCUGUUGUAAUUAAUAUUAUCAUUAUAGGUUGCGAUCUCGUUUGUUAAAGGUGUUAAGCUCAAAGCUUAUAUAAGAAAGACAAUUCUUUAAAUGUAUAAAAAUAUUUGAUUAAUACUCCUGCCAUGCUGACGGUAAAAUUAAAUUGAUAAGAGCAAA